CAGCAACUAUAAAAAAACAGAGAUACUACCCUGUGUUAUCAGAUCAUAAUGGAAUGAAAUUAGAAAUCAAUGAUAAAAUACAAAAAUAGAAGCUAUUCCAACACCUGGAGAAUAAGUAAUAUGCUAUUGAAUGAGCAAUAGAUAGCAGAAGAUAUCAGGGGAGGCAAUAAACAUAAUCUAUAGGUUAAAUUUUUACAUGGAAAUUUCAAAGGACCUAGAGUAGUUAAAAUAAUCCUUUUAUAAAACAAAAUUGCAAGAAUUCCACAACUUGAUUUUGAUAUUUUUGUAAAAGUCUAAAACCACAGUAAAAGAUCAUUUGCUCUAAGGCACAGGAAACAGAGAGAUGAGGCACUGGCUCUGGUGAAACAAAUAAAUAAUUAGAAAAUCCCACAUAAAACCACACGCACAUACUCUAAUGAUUUUUAAAGCUGCCAAAGCAAUUCAACAGGAAAGGAAAGUCUUUUGAACAAGGCUCAUGAACAAUUAUCUGUUUCUGAGGGGAAAAUGAACUUUAUUGUCUACCUUAAACCACUUUCAAAAAUUAAUUGGGAGGCUGGGACAAGGCCCUGGGUUGAUCCUCAGCACCACAUAAAAAUAGAUAAAAUAAAGGUAUGUGUCCAACUACAAUAAAAAAUAAAGAUUCUUUAAAAAUAAAUUGGAACCAAGAUCUAAAUGUAGAGCCAAAACUUAAAAAGCACCUAGAAGAAAACACAGGAUGAACUUGCCAACUUGGACUGGGUAACUAUUUCUUGGGACUCAGAAGACAAUAAUACAAAGAAUUGACAAGUUGUAUUCCAUUACCAUGGAAACGUCUGCUUAUCCAAAACAGGGAAAGAGGAGCCGCAGACGUGGAGGAAGUACGCACAGACCUAGGUCCCUCCGACUGUUCGCAGAGUGAGAGCGCUCCCAGAGCUCAGCGGGAACACUGAGCCGCUCUGCUCUCUCAGUGAGCAAGAUGCAGACGGGUGCUUCCCGCAGGACGCCAUGGAAUGGCCCUGAGCAAAGGAAAGAUGACCACAGUGCGGUCCCCAGGGAGCUGGAGAGUUGCCAUCAUAUGCCCCUUGAGGGCACCCAACGUUGGCAAGGACAGGGAGGCAGGACUGCUGUCUCUUUGGGAACCUGACAGCCCUCACUCAGCAAUUCCCUUGUAGGGAUUGUACCCAAGAGACGCAGAGGCUUGUGCACACAGGCUCCCUCCUCCUAGGAAGUGCCCACCAGCCUCCUCCUGGGCAGCCUCUAACCCAGCUACCUGGGAGGCGGAGCAACAGCCCCGGGGAAAUGCUGAGAAUUGAACCAGAAUCAAGAGGAGGCCCCUCUGCAGUGGGGUCGGUCAGAAACCCUGGGAGUGACGGGUGACAGGGAUUCCUAGGAAGGGCGUGAGUGAGCUCUCUGGGUGGAAGCACCCACCCGGCAUCUUGACGGUGUGUGGAUGACGUGGGUCUCUGCUCAGAUCCUUGAGCUGUGCCUUUCACUGUAAGUUAGAAAUGGCUUGAUUUUCAAAUACUUAAAAAUUUUAAAAAUCAAAAUGCUUGGAAACAGAUAUAUUUCAAAAUUCAGAACGUUUCAGAUUUUUUAAAAAAUAAAACAAAAUGAUGUCCAUCCUGUAUAUUCCACAGACACCCAGAAGACGGGUCUGGAGCAGGUGCAGAACCAGAUACAGUGAUAACUCUUCACAUAGAUACCAAAUACUCACAGUAACUCCCAUGAAUCCUGCUGCAUCCGUUUGGGUCAAUUUUUGCUGCCCAAUGAGGUCACUGCAGAGCUCUGGGGUGGGCUCGUUUUCUGAGUUUCAGGACCUGGGGGGCUGGUACUUACGGCAAUAGACAUACAGAAAGGGUUGACAGGAGCCCCUGGCACUUCUGGGCUGAGGACUUCCCAGAGGGCAGAGUCUCAUAAGAAUCCCGCAAUCACCUGUCAUACAGGUGGAGAGCCACUGUUUCAUGUGUCAAUUGAACAAAAGACCUGACGGAGCAACAUGGACGAGGGAAGGUUGAUUUUGGCUCAUGGUUUCAGAGGUUCGGUCCAUUGCUUGAGACCCGAGGUGAGGCAGCACAUCAGGGUGGAAAGGCCUGGUGGAGGGAAGAAGCUCAGAACACGGCAACCAGGAAGCAGAGAGAGAGAGAGAGAGAGAGAGAGAGAGAGAGGGCUCUGCUCACCAGGGGUGAAAUACAAAGGGACCUGUAAUACAGGGACCUGCUGCCUCCAGCUGCCACCCCGCUAAUCCAAGUCGUCGGAUUAACCCGUGAUUAUGUCACAGCUGCCUUCACCUAAUCAUUUCCCGUCUGGACUUUCUGGAAUUGUCUCACACGGGAGCUUUUGGGGACACCUCAACCACAACAGCCACCCAGGGUCUGCUGCACCCCUGCAUCAGCAAGUAAGCCAGAGUGGAGCAGAGACUCUACCGGAAGUGGGGAGCAGUUUCCAUUUCAGGGACCCAAGGUCAGCCCAGGGAGGGCUGAGGAGAUCUCCCCUGCAGGGGGCACUCUAAGCUUGUCUUCUGCCCAACAAGACGUUUCUCCAUGGUAAAUCAUUUCUUCAGGAUAAAUUCCUAAAACUAGACUUAACUGGGGGAAAUGUAUGAUAUUUUAAGCUUUGAUUGAUGUUGACAUUGUCGUUUUUAUUAAUAUUUCCAAGACCUUAAAAAAGUCUGCAGAUCUGACCACCUUCCCACUAAAGACACUUCCACGAGGUCAGUCUUGCCAACCUUGAGGUUAGUUCUGAGAGCUGCGUGCUGUCACUCCUGUGGCCUCUCAAUGGAAUGCAGAGACUCUGGUCAGCCCAAGACCCAAGAGGCCUCAACCAGCUCUGCAGUCAGCAGCCUCACGGAAGGGCAAGGGCGCUCCCUACAGUAAAGAGGAGAAUGUAACAGACACGUAAACCAGGCACGCCGCUGCUGACCACCCUUCCCAGCAUCAGGGCCAGUGCCACUGUCAUCACCACAAACACGUGAGCAAAGAUGUGAGGAUGGCCACAGCGUCACUCAGCAACAGGCACCUUCCAGCCCAUGACAACCCAGGGGACAGGGUCCUGUGUGGUCCCUCACUGACAUCAUGCAGCAUGUGACUUGCUCGGGUUUCACUUUCCGUCAACCUUGGCCACCACGAUGCCAUCUUCACAGCCAUUCCCUAAAUCUGAGCAAAGCUGGGUUUGUGGAACCUUCGUCGUGCAUCUUCUCCUCAUUCUCAAGCGGAUGGCUUGCCUUUUACUCGUGGGUUGAUAAAGUGCCAUUUCUUACUACUGACAUCUGCCCUCGGCAACAGAUGACAGCAAAAGAAACAGUCCUUCUGCUUCAGUUGUACCGGUGUUCCUUAACACGCCUCCUUCAGUGUUGACCGUCACACUCCUCAGUCUUCUAAGAUCUGGGGUUUGGAAUUAUGCAAGGGAGGGGUGCCUCCCUGACCAGGAGAAUCUGGGGGGGGGGACCCUGGACUUGCUGAGUCCCAGAACGUGGGAAUGUCAGAAAUGGACAGAUCUUCUGCCUCUACCUUAUGAAGCCAUGUGACCUGGGUCAGCCCUCCCUGAGUCCUGCAUCCUGCGUCCACUCACCCACUUGAUCUCUUGCUGACCAGAGUGCACGUGAGAGCAUGUUCCACGUGCCAGGCUCUGCCAGGCCCUGGGACACAGUGUGUCCUGCCCCUGCAGAGGGGCGUCCUCAGCCCACAUGAGCAUCUGUCAUGGUGGCUGCCAAGUCCGUCCCGUUCCUGAACACAGACAUGUGGUCCAGGGAGCUGCUAUCGGCCCUCACCAAGCCCAGCCGCACCCAGCAGGAAGAGUUACCAGAGAAGACCUUCCUGUUCACCUUCUACGGGAUGGUCCUCCAGGCAGAGGAGGAGAGCACCACGGUCAGGGCACACCUGCAGUCCCUCCUGGAGACCUCCCACCAGUGGCCCAAGCAGAGGGAGGGCAUUGCGCUCACAGUGGGGCUAGCCGCCAACCGCCACCUGAAUGACGUCUGGGCCAUCCUGGACCAGUUCGGGCGGAGUGGGCCCAUCAAGUGGAGCCUGCACAGCUUCUCCCUGAAGGGCCCGACCUCGGAGGACCUGCGCUGGAAGUGGGCCAGCAGCACCAUCCUCCUCGCCUAUGGCCAGGUGGCGGCCAGCGCCAAGGCCCACAUUCUCCCGUGGGUGGACAACAUCUUGUCCAGGAUGAUAUUCUACUUCCGCUACAGCUCCUGGGACGAGACCCUGAAGCAGAGCUUCCUCACUGCCAACCUGAUGCUGAUGGGGGCCAUCAGCCGGAAUGAGGGUGCCCACAGCUACGAGUUCUCGCAGAUCUCCGAGCUGCUGGAGUGUCUGAUGGUCUUGAUGGAGAAGGAGCCCCAGGACGUGCUGUGCACGGAGAGCAGGCCGCAGGCCCUCCACAUCAUCAGCAGCCUCUGCAAGAUGAGGCCACCCAUGGACACGAACAGGAAAUCACGGCUCCUCUCCACCUGCCUCCGCAGUGUGUUCGCUCUGCCGCUUCUGGACGCCCUGGAGAAGCACACCUGCCUCUUUCUGGAGCCACCCAACAUCCAGACCCUGUACAGCCAGACCACAGAGGCGCUGGACUGCAUGCUGCAGAGCUUCAUCACCCAGAGCCCCACGGCCGAAGAGCUGCACUUUCUACUGUCGCACCUGUACGUCUGGCUGGCAUCGGAGAAGGCGCAUGAGCGGCAGCGGGCCGUGCACAGUUGUGUGACUCUCCUCAAAUUCCUGAACCACAAACGCUGCCUAGAUCCAAAGGAGGGCCUCAAACGCAUCGGGCAGCUAGUGGGCAUGCUGGGGAUUCUGUGCCAGGACCCGGAUAGGGCCAUCCAGCACUCCAGCCUGGAAGGGAUGGGCCAUCUCUACCAGCUCCUGAUGCGCCAAAAAGCAGGAGAAACUUUUCAGGUGGAAUCGCUGACCUCCAAGGAGGUCUCCCAGCCUGGUGCAGAGGGAGCCCCCCUCUGGAGCAGUGAACAGAAAGCCACUUCCCCGGACCCCCAGGAGCUGGCAUCCCUCACGGACAGCAUCUUCCACCUGGAAAGCUCCCAAGCCCUCAAGGAGAUCAUGAGGCACCUUUUGAUGGCAGAGGUGACGGACCUCAUCUGGACGGCCAUCAGUGGCCUGGGCUCCUCCAGUCCCUUCCGCGUGCAGGCGGCCGCUGAGCUGCUGCUGGCUGUCAUCCACCAGCACGGGGCCAAGCUGGAGACCGUUGCUAACAUGGCCCGGGGCAUCCACCUGCGCCUCUGCUCUGUCCGCAUCCCCCAAGCCAAAGACAAUGCCCUGUCCGCCAUCACCCUGCUGGCCAGGAACCACACCCCCGAGCUGGUGGCUGCCUUCCUGGACUUCUCCAUGCCCUUGGACAGCCAUGCCUUCCGCCUGUGGAGGGCCCUGGGAGCUGAGCAGCCCGUGAGCCGCCUGGUGCUGGCCAUGCUGCUGGCCUGGCUGCAGGAGCGGCCCCUGCCCACCAGAGCAAGCAACAGCAACCCCAACCCCAAGGAGAAGGAUUACCUGCGCUCGCUGGCCGCCAUGAACACGCUCCUGGAGCUGCAGUUCGCACGGGAGUUCAAGAAGGCCGUGCGGGAGGCCUACCCGCAGCUGCUGCUGGCCCUCCUCACCCAGGUCCACUACACCCUGGAGCUGAACCUGGUCACUGAGCCCCAGCGUGGGCAGCAGGCCCAGGAGGCAGCCAUGCCCAGUCCCCAGAGCACGUCGCUGGAGGCCCUCAAGAGCCUCCUGUCCACCACGGGGCACUGGCAUGACUUUGCCCACCUUGAGCUGCAGGGCGCCUGGGAGCACUUCACCUCCAUCACCACCUACGCACAGGGCGUGGGCCUCCUGGCCAGGGCUAUGGUGCAGAACCACUGCCGGCAGAUCAAGGCCGUGCUCAGCUGGCUGCUGCGCCGCAUGCAGAGCCAGGAGGAGCGGGAGAGGAAGGCGGCCGUCCUGGUGCUCACUGAGUUCCUCUACAGCCCUGUCCUGCUGGAAGUGCUUCCCAAGCAGUCUGCCCUGACCCUCCUGGCACAGGGCCUCCGGGAUGAGAGCCCCGACAUCCGCGUAUGGAGCCUGCAGGGCCUCGGGAACAUCCUCUUCCACCCGGAGAAGGAAAGGCUGCUCCGAGGGCAGCUGCCGCCCUUCCUCAACGGCUUCUUCCAGAACAGCGAGCCCGUGGUGGUGGACAUCAUGGGCACGGUGUCCGACGUGCUGCACCGCUUGGGCACGCACGGUGCAGGGGCCCAGAGCCUCAGCGUGGCCAUCAACGCCCGCUCCUUCUUUGAUGACGAGCGGGACAGGAUUCGGGCAGCAGCCAUGGCACUGUUUGGGGAUUUGGUGGCAACCAUGGAGGGCAAGGAGCUAAGCGGCCUUCGAACCCAGGUGUACCAGAGCAUGGUACCUCUGCUGCUGCACCUGAAGGACAAGUGCCCCAAGGUUGCCACGCAGGCCAAGUUCGCCUUCUACCGCUGCGCUCUGCUGCUGGGGUGGCGGCCGCGCCACACCCUCUUCUGCACGCUGGCCUGGGAGCGAGGCCUCAGCGCCCGCCACUUCCUCUGGACCUGCCUGAUGCGCGCCAGCUCCGAGGAGUUCAGCAUCCACCUGGCCCAGGCCCUCAGCUACCUGCACAGCCACCACCAGCACAUGAAGACCUGGGCCGCGCUCUUCAUAGGUUACACCAUCUGCUACCACCCCCAGGCCGUGUCCCGGAUGGUGAGCGAGGUGGACACCAACCUGCUGUUCUGCACUUUUGAAGACCUCAAAAAGGACCCAGAGCCUGGCGUCCGGGAAUUUGCCACCAGGCAGCUCUCCUUCCUCCGGGAGGUGUCAGAGGGACGCCAGCAGUGACCAGCACCCCCUUCAGCCACCUGGCGGGCAGCCCUGCCCCAUCCCAGAGAGUUGGUUGCAUAACAUUUUUCCAUUUGAAAGAAAGGUCUAGAUUCCACAAA